GUUAGUUCUAGUCCUGUCUAGUCUUGCUUCAUUCCUGAUAUUCUACCGCAGCAGCAAGCGCGUAGCCUCUUCCCGUCCUCAAAAUGGCAGAAAGAAGAACCAUUGAAAAAAUAUCCGAGCCAGACUUCGUGCAGUUUAAUGAUCUCGCUUCGGAUGCCGUUGGAGGAAAGAUCAUUUUCGCAACUGAUGAGUGGUUUGCUCCAGCAGCCAAUCUCCUCAAGAGAGACCCUCCUCAGUUCAUUGCCUCAGCCUUUACCGAAUUUGGGAAAUGGAUGGAUGGUUGGGAGACGAGACGCAAGAGAAUUCCUGGUCAUGAUUGGUGCAUUGUUCAGCUAGGAGUCCCCGGUAUAAUUUUUGGAUUUGAUGUCGAUACCUCAUUCUUCACAGGCAACUACGCUCCUCGUGUUUCAAUCCAGGCUGCAUGUUUAGACACGCCACUGGAUUUCUCUCUAGUGGGUGAUCGAACCGGAAUGGAGGCUUCUGAGAGCGAACGGGCCGCUGUGGCAAAACUAAAUUCCGAGGCUUGGCAAGAACUUGUGCCAAUUUCAUCACUACAACCUGGAUAUUCCGACUCCUGCCAUAACUACUUCAAAGUCCAUACUUCUAGAGUCACUCAUCUCCGCAUCAAUAUGUUCCCAGAUGGAGGAAUUGCACGGUUAAGGGUCUAUGGAGUUGGAGAAAGAGAAUGGUCAAGCGAAUCUGCCCAACAAGAAGUGGACUUGGUGGCACUGACCAACGGCGGGGUCUGCCUUGGUUUCAGCGACGCCCACUUUGGACAUCCGCGCAACAUGAUUGGACUGGGCGUAGCGUCCAGCAUGGCAGAUGGUUGGGAAACUGCCCGGAGACUGGACCGACCACAAAAACUCCAGCUUGACCAGAAGGGGGUGUUGCAGGUCUCCGGGAGCGAGUGGGCGGUGUUUCGACUCGGACACAAAGGAGUGGUCAGCCAUAUCGAAAUAGACACACGUCACUUUAAAGGCAACGCCCCGGAUUCGUGCACCGUGGAGGCGUGCGUGUUGACCCCCGAAGAAGAGGCCCAAUGCGUCGCCAGCAAAUGGACUUCCGCUAAAUGGAGCGUACUCCUCCCGACAAGAAGGCUCCGCCCUCACUACAGUCACAUGUUCUCGGAGGCGGAGCUACGGCCUCACGACGCUGUGAGCCACAUCCGCUUUGUGAUCGCCCCUGACGGAGGAGUGAGUCGACUGAGGGUCUGGGGUCGCGCUGUCCUGGACAUUAACAGUGAAGGAGAAGCCAAAUCUGCCAAUCAAAUGACAGGACAGUCUAAACUCUGACGACGUUAGAUUAAAAAAUAUAUAAGGGUAUGUUUUA